ACCACAGUUCCUUGAGGAGGAAACUGGAAUCCACACUGGCAGGUUUCGUCCAGGACAGCUCUUUCCACCACUUCUGCUCCACCCCAACUGUGGAGUUGGGAAAUGAGAGGUUCCUCUUUCUAAACCAUCCUAAUCUUAUCUCCUUUGCUAUAGGAUCAAAGGACCCACCCUACAAGCAUGCUACUGGAACUUCCUCCAGCCUGCCUGCCACCCAGGAGGAAUGUUAAUAGGUGCUAGACGGCUGGCGGUAAUCUUCCCAUUUGUGGAAGAGAAGUAGAGGCAGGAUCAGGACCAUUUCUGACAGCAUCUGAGCUGACUCCCCCUUCCCCCUGCAGGGGCUGUGGACACUGAAGAACAAGGUCUCUAAGACAGUGAUAUCAAGGGACAGGUAGCCAGCAACUACAGAUAUACAUUAUCUCCUUUAACCCUCACAAACUCUGAAGAGAGCCAUGAGAGAAGACAACAGGUCCUCUGCCCUGGAUUUUAUCCUCCUUGGAGUCAGCAGGGAGCAGGAACAGGAAGAUUUCUUCUUCAUCCUCUUCCUCUUCAUUUACCCCAUCACACUGAUUGGAAACCUGCUCAUCAUCUUGGCCAUUCACUCUGACAUUAGACUUCACAACCCCAUGUAUUUUCUCCUUGCUAACCUCUCCUUUGUUGACAUCUUCUUUUCUUCUGUAACCAUCCCUAAGAUGCUGGCCAACCAUCUCUUGGGCACCAAAGCCAUCUCCUUUGGGGGCUGUCUAACACAGAUGUAUUUCAUGAUUGCCUUGGGUAACACAGAUAGCUAUAUCCUGGCUGCGAUGGCAUAUGACCAUGCAGCAGCCAUCAGCCGUCCACUUCAUUACACAACAAUUAUGAGCCCACGAACUUGUGUCCUGCUAGUUGUUGGGUCUUGGCUCAUUGGAAACCUGAAUGCCCUCCCCCACACUCUGCUCACAGCUAGUCUGUCGUUCUGUGGCAACCAGGAAGUAGCCAAUUUCUACUGUGACAUUACCCCUUUGCUCAAGCUGUCCUGUUCUGACAUCCACUUUAAUGUGAAGAUGAUGUACCUCGGGGUUGCUGUUUUCUCUGUGCCAUUGCUAUGCAUCAUCAUCUCCUAUGUUCGGGUCUUCUCCACAGUCUUGCAUGUCCCAUCCACCAAGGGUGUGCUCAGAGCCUUCUCUACCUGUGGCUCCCACCUCACAGUGGUUUCUUUGUAUUAUGGGACAGUCAUGGGCAUGUACUUCCGCCCUCUGACCAGUUACAGCUUAAAAGAUGCUGUGAUAACUGUGAUGUACAUCGCAGUGACCCCAAUGUUAAAUCCUUUCAUCUAUAGUCUGAGAAAUCGGGACAUGAAGGCUGCCCUGCGGAAACUCUUCAGCAAAAGAAUCUCUGUGUAAGCAAUGGGAGUUCAUGCACUGGAGACUGUAGACACCAAUUAAAAUGAACUUGGAAAUCCAUUCCCAAUGUCCUCCCCUUUCAAGAAGCUAUGUCCACUCUUUCCAGCUAAAAAUUCUUUUUCUCAGAUAUUUUUAACAGUUUGUGAUUCAUUUUACUGA